GUGGAAACGUUCUAACAAAUGGCCGGCAGUUAACAGCUGAAAAAGUCCCGGCGUAUUUUCAGUUAAUUUCAUAAGGUUUUCUCCGGCUCUAGCGGAGAGGAGACGAGGAGCCAUGCCGAAGAAGUCAAAGAAGGGAGGAGGAGGAAAGACGGAGGGGGAGAGGAUGCUGUUCAUGCAGCAGAGAGCUCAGGCUGAGGAGGAGAUGGCCAGGAAGAAGGAGGAGAUGCUCACUCAGUUCCUGAGGGACAAGCUGCAGGAGGACGAGAGGAACACCAGAGUGAACAUGAUGAAGCUGAAUGAAGGCUGGAGGUCGAUCCUCCGUCAGACUCGCUGCCCUGAGCUCCGUAAACAGAUCCUGAUAAUGAGGCAGACUCUAGAGAGAGAGAUGGACCAGACCCAGGACACCAUCAAGACGCUGGCGCAUGACCUGCAGGAGUCUGAGCGUCAGUCGGCUCAGGUGCGGCGCGCUCACCUGCAGCAGCUGGAGUAUCUGUGGGCUCAGCAGGAGCAGCGUCUGAUGUUCCUGCAGCAGCAGUGGGAGAGCAGCCUGCAGAAGCUCCGCUCCAGCUUCACCUCUGACAGGAAGGAGAUGACGGGAGGCUUUGAGACGCGGCGAUCUGAGCUGGAGGACGCCAUGGUCACUCUGCAGAAGCAGCACGACGACGCCAUGAGCGAGCUCCACGAACAGUUCAGCACCAGCAGGAAGUCCCUGCAGAGCUCCCUGGAGGCCCGGAAAUCCCAGAUCCUCCACAGGAGUCUGCUGAAGCUGGAGGAGGAGACGAAGAGGAGGCAGAGGGCCGAGGAGGUCUACAGAGAGGAGGUCUCCAAGGUGGAGCAGCUGGAGCUGGAAAUCCAGGGCUACGUCCACUCAGAGGAGAAGAGCAGGAAGGAGGAGGAGAGGCUGCAGGACUUGGUGACCCAGCUGGAAGUGAAGCUGCUGCAGAGUAAAGCCGAGCAGGAGGCUGCGGAUCAGGACCUGCUCGCCACCGCGGACCAGAUGAACCGCAGCAUCGGCCGGCUCAGGAACCAACUCAUCCAGUCUCAGAAGGAUCACCGGAGGAUGCUCACCGAUCUCACCAUCAAGAGCAACAACACCACCAAGGAACUGAAGGCCAUCAUCGCCAAGGGCGAGAAGGUCGCACGAGCCGGUGAGAUGUGUCGCAAACUGGAGAGUCAAGUCCUGACGUUACUGCCACCGCUGCUACCAGAGGAGGAACAAGGACAGGAAGUGGAGGCCGAGGAUCUGGACCAGGACGUCCUGGAUCUGCGUCUUCUAAACCGCCGGAUCAACGGCGCCCUGCUGCAGCGAGACGCUCUGAAGAAGCACAAACAGGACCUGAGGAGAGAAAACCAGCAGCUCAGGCUCCUCCUGCGUCAGCACCUGGACAGCAUGGCGGUCAGAGAGCGGCACCUGGACCCACGCCACGCCCUGCUCAACGUGAACCCCGCCCCCACUGCCACGGCUCUGUCCGACACCAACAGACGCCACACCGUCAUCGAGGCCGUUCACGUCAUCAAACACUCGCUGAAGGACUGAAGGAAAGGUCAGCGUUUAAACGGAGCUGAACAAAGAAGAAAACAUUUGUUUUCUCUAAUAUUUCAUUUAAAAAUCCCACAUUUAUUUAAAACAGUGAAGAUCGCCUGUUUUAGUCUGUAAUUAUAAAACCUUCAGGUUCUCUUGCUGGAUGUGGUGUUCCUCAGGGCUUUCUGCUGGCUCCUCUUUAAACCAUCUUUGUUGUUUUUCUGCUGAUAUGAAGGAAGAAGU